AUGUGGUUUAGUGGACACAAAUGUGUUUCAGUGGACACUGCUUACCAUCUGUUUGAGAAAAUGCCCAAGCAGAGCUUUACGUCUUCGGACACCAUUCUAACGGGGUUUGCGAACAAUGGUCAGGAAGAGGAGGCUAUUGCAGAUAUCAUGAUAUAUCGUACAGUUGUGUCUUCCAAUGAUCAUUUGGACGCCACUGACUACGAGGUUAGGAUUAUCUCUUCAGGUAUCAACUCUCUUGGGGUAUUGCAUGUUCAUUCCCUGCACUCAUUGAUUCUUGUCACCAAGGAACCAAUCUUGAACUAUAAAGGAGUUCUUGGAGUUGACAGUUCUUUCCUUUCAGGGGAAAUAUUCACCGAUGUGGUCGGGAGCCCAUACUAUGUGGCACCAGAAGUGUUGCGAAAGCGCUACGGUCCUGAGGCUGAUGUCUGGAGUGCUGGUGUAAUUGUUUACUUUUUGUUAAGCGGGGUCCCUCCAUAUUGGGCAGAAUCCGAGCAAGGAAUAUUUGAACAGGUUUUGAAUGGGGACCUUGACUUUUCAUCAGAUCCAUGGCCUAGUAUCUCUGAAAGUGCAAAACAUUUAGCAAGGAGAAUGCUUAUUAGAGACCCAAAAAAGCAGCUGACCACCCAUCAAGUUCUGUGCCAUCCAUGGGUUCAGGUUGAUGGUAUAGCUCCUGAUCAGCCUCUUGAUUCUGCAGUUCCAAGUCGCAUGAAGCAAUUCUCUGCUAUGAGCAAGAUCAAGAAAAUGGCCCUCAGAGUGAUUCAAGUUGCUUGCUGAAAUUUGUGUUGGUAGUAGAUGUGAUGCACUCUCUACCAAAUCUUUGUGAAGUGGAAUGGCUUGUCAAUUGCAAAUUGGGACAGAAAAAUUGGGAAAUAUGAACCCACCUAUUUAAAAAAUAUUAAUUAAUUAAUUUGAAUGGUAUUUCUGAAAUGGUCCCUACUAAUGGCUCGGUGGUAGACUCACACGAGUUUCAACACAAAGGUCAUGGGUUUGAGUACCCAUUGUAGUGUGAGUGGGUGUGUGUUCAAAAAAAAAAAUAAGAAUGAUAUUUCUGAAAAAAAAAAAAAAAUAUUAAAAAAUUAUUAUUAUCUGGGAAAAAAAAAUUGUAUGGCCAAUCUGUAGAUCAGCCUACACUCAUCAACAUAUAGUUUUUCCAUGCUUACAUUACCAUUUUAAAGGGUGAAAAUGGACAAAAAAAAGGAUUUUCCCAUUGUCUUCUAUUUUUCACCUCUAAAA